CACUGUCCUGCAGAGCAGUUCCUCUCACUGAUGGAAUAACCUGGAGCUCUUGUUAUCACAGACUGAAGGAUGACUCUGCCGUGGCUCCUGAAGGUCUUCAUCCUCACUCUCGCUCUGUCGGGUCCAACGGGGGGCCAGAAGAGGAAGAGGAAAGGGCAGAGAGACGACAACCAGGUCCUCUUUAAUGAGGCCAAAACCCUGAUCUGCCCGGUGGAGCUCAUGUUCAUCGUGGACAGCUCGGAGAGAGCCAAGUCUCUGCUGUUCGAGCGCCAGAAGGACUUCAUCCUGCGCUUCAGCUCCCGGCUCCUGCAGCUGCAGUCCAGCGGCUGGCGGCUGCGCCUCCGCCUGGCCGCGCUGCAGUACAGCAGCUCCGUCUCCCUGGAGCACAACUUCAGGGACUGGCAGGACCUGGACGUCUUCCAGAGCCGCGUGGCCUCCAUGGCCUUCAUCGGACACGGCACCUACUCGGCGUACGGCAUCUCCAACGCAACGCAGGUGUUCGGCCGCGAGACGUCCCCCGGCAGCCUGCGGGUGGCGCUGCUGCUGACGGACGGGUCGGACCACCCCCGCAGCCCCAGCGCCGUGGCGGCUGCGGCUGAGGCCAAGCAGCACAACAUCCGGGUGUUCACCAUCCGGCUCUCGGACCUGCCGACGGACGCACAAAUCAGCGCCAAACUGAGGUCCAUCGCCAGCGCCCCCCCACAGCAGCACAUGCUCAGCCUCACGGACAAACAGCUGGACGACAAGCUCUUCAGCGCGCUGAACACAAUCGUCAAAACUGGGUGCCCGCAGCCGAAGUCCUGUCUGUGUGAGAGGGGGGAGAGGGGUCACACUGGGAACCCGGGGAAACCAGGCGAGCCGGGGUCUGAUGGAGCUCCAGGUCCAAAGGGAUCCCGUGGGGAAGCCGGCAUCAACGGACGUCCAGGCAUGGAGGGCCUUAAGGGUCGACCUGGCGGCAUCGGGGAAAGGGGAGAACAGGGUGAAUGUGGAACCCCCGGUAAAAAGGGAGAACAGGGAGCAGAGGGACCUCCUGGCCCCAGAGGCCCCAGAGCAGAGCAGGGAGCGAGGGGAGCACCUGGAGACCCGGGUCCAGAGGGGACACCUGGAUCUAAAGGAGAGCGAGGCCUGAAGGGGGCGCCCGGACCUCCAGGAGACACCGGCAUCGGGUUCCCUGGUCCAAAGGGUGACAAGGGGAACCACGGAAGACCUGGGCCUCCUGGACCGAUGGGUGUCGGGGAAGCAGGGACUCCGGGUCCAGCGGGGCCUCCAGGCAUGCAGGGGCCUUCAGGGUUUCCAGGUGAGGGGCUUCCAGGGUCCAAGGGGGCCCGGGGGUACGAGGGUCCAAAGGGCAGCCGGGGCCUUCCAGGUGUCGGGUAUAAAGGUGAUGAGGGAAGCACAGGAGCCCCCGGGGCCCCCGGCCUGGUCGGGUUUCCAGGGGCUGGCAUACAAGGAGAAAAGGGGGACCUGGGGCCAGCAGGACCAUCGGGCCCCAGAGGGCCUCCUGGACUGGGGAUAGUGGGACCAAAGGGCGAGCAGGGCUUCCCCGGAGAGCCCGGACCUCAGGGGGGGAGGGGCGUUGGAGAACCAGGAUCGAAGGGGGAUCCGGGUCCGGAUGGGACUGCAGGGAUCCCCGGCAUUCCUGGAGAGGACGGAGCGGUGGGGCCAAAGGGAGAGGUGGGGUCGCCAGGUCUGAGAGGACCGGAGGGAGCAGUGGGGAAAGGGAUCCACGGGGAAAAGGGAGACAGGGGGGACCGAGGAUCGAGGGGCCUCUCAGGUGUCCCGGGACCCGUUGGACCUUCAGGAGCAAAGGGGGAGCCGGGGAGUCCAGGAAUGUUGGGUUUACAAGGCCCAGCCGGCCGAGGCUUACCUGGGCCAAAGGGGGAUCUGGGGCCAGUGGGACCAGCAGGAGCAGUGGGAGAACACGGAGUGGGAAUCAUUGGGCCGAAGGGUCACAAAGGAAAUAAUGGACCUGUGGGCCCCCCAGGGGUGAAGGGAGACAGCUCCCCAGGACCUCAGGGGCUGCCUGGAUUACCGGGCCUGCAAGGAGAGAUGGGACCAGAAGGGAAAGGACUACCUGGAGCUAAGGGCGACAGAGGUUUGUCAGGCGUACCUGGACCAUCAGGUCCACCUGGAACUGGACUGUAUGGACCCAAGGGCUCCACGGGGCAGACUGGUCCUCCUGGCCUUCUGGGGCCUCCAGGAGAGGGCAUCCAGGGACCAAAGGGAGAGCCUGGCUUCAAAGGACUGAUGGGUCCUCGGGGGCCACCGGGGGAUGGCAUACUAGGGGAGAAGGGAGACAGAGGCGUUCCUGGAGAUCUGGGAAAGAAAGGAGACAGAGGAGACCUCGGAGAACCAGGAGCCACUGGACCAAUGGGGAGACCAGGAGAGAACGGAGAGCCAGGUCUGACGAGGGAAGAGGUCAUCAUGAUUAUACGGGAAAUCUGCGGCUGUGGUCUGAAGUGCAGACAGAGCCCCCUGGAGCUGGUGUUUGUGAUCGACAGCUCAGAGAGCGUGGGUCCUGAGAACUUUGAGCUGGUGAAGGACUUUGUGAACGCUCUUAUCGACCGCGUGACGGUGAGCCGGGAAGCCGGACGGAUCGGUGUGGUGCUGUACAGCCACGUGGACAUGGUGGUGGUCAGCCUGCAGCAGAUGGCCAGCCAGGACGACAUCAAGACGGCCGUCAGGAGGAUGCCUUACCUCGGCGAGGGCACGUUCACCGGCAGCGCCAUCCACAGGGCCAACCAGCUGUUCCAGGCGUCCAGGCCCGGCGUCAGGAAGGUGGCAGUGGUGUUAACGGACGGGCAGGCUGACCACCGGGACGCCAUGCAGUUUGAAGAAACUGCAACGGUGGCCCAUGAGCAAGGGAUCGAGAUGUUCGUGAUCGGAGUCGGGAACAACACCGACCCUCUGUACGAAGAGUUCCAGGCACAGAUGGAUGUAAUAGCCUCUGAUCCCAAAGAAGAGCACGUCUACCUCAUAGAUGACUUCGGGACGCUUCCAACUCUGGAAAGCAAACUGCUGAGUCGGAUUUGUGAUCACGAUGACUCGAUGGCAUUUCUAGUGAACUCUGCGUUUCCACCAAUGGAAAUCCACCCGAAGACUCUGGGAGACCGACGCUACGAGUUCCCUGUUGAAGAACAUAUCCAGUUUGAGCUCCCAGUGAAGACAGUGACCUUGCCUCCACAGUCCCAGGACACAGGGCCCGACGGGAGCCCGAUUGAUACCAAACGAGUGAAGAAUUGGCCGGACCUCCUGGGCCCCGGGGUGGGCUCAGUGGUAGGUCCUCAGACCCCGACCGAGUGGCUGAAAGAGCCUGAGAGCACCAAGGCUCCCAGCAGCCCUCCUCCUCCACCUCUGACCAACUCAUCACGGCCAGCAGAGGGGUGCGGUCAGCCUCUGGACCCCGGGUCCUGCCGGCAGUAUGUCGUCCGCUGGUACUACGACCCCGAGGCGAACGCCUGCGCCCAGUUCUGGUUCGGUGGCUGUGAGGGAAACGCAAACAACUUUGAGUCUGAGUCCGGCUGCAGGCUGUCCUGCGUCUACACGUAACGGCGUGUUUGGAUAAACAAGAGUGUGUGCGCAGCUACAAGCAUCACAGACUGGUGAUGCACGCUCUGCAGGGGGGGGGCUCUCGGUCCCUCAGGCUGCUGCACAUUGUUGGACUUUUUAUAUCUGUUCUGGGAUGUUUAACCUACAUUUUACUCUAUAUUCACUACAAGCCGACAAGAGCAUCUCCCAUGUUACACUAGCAUCUGGAUUUUGUGCUUGGAAGUUAUAUUUCCUCGGAGCUAAAGGGGUGAUGUAAUGGAUAACCUCAUCAGGGAUUUGGAAAAUGAAUACACACAACUUGUGUGAUGCCCUCUUCAAAUACCAAACUCCUGAUUGCUGAUUCUUCCAAUAAAACCCUGAAUUCAAACUCUGCAGAAACACAAAUAAACCCAUCAAAACGCCUUUGAUUACGUUUUAAUAUACAUAUUUAAAAAGUUAAAUGACCAUCGUCACCGCUUUCUACUUUUUAUUGAAAACAGAAGUUGAUGAACGUGGCCAGAAGAAUGGUGAAUGUUCUGUACUUAUACAGCUCUUUAAUAAUAAUGAUAAUAACACAUUUAAUUCAAAGGGAUCUGCUGCUCUUCCACGCUGUAUUGUUUAUUAGCAUCCUCAGUUUUAAUUACCCAGAGAGCAUCUGUGCAACAGGACCCCCUUCAAUGACUUCCUGGUUUACGUUUGUUCCUGAUUUGAAUUCCUCUUCAUGGAGACUGAAAGAGAAGCUAAGCAGCCCAACUCUUUGGAUGAUCUUCAGAAGCGUACAGAGGCAGGAGGAGACAGGGAAUCUGAGUGGAACAAUGGGCUGCAGAUAACAGCGGCUCGCUUCACUGAAGACUCACCGUGUUUCAUUCAUUGAUUUGGAAAAACCGGUUCUGUGUUUUCUCCCAGAGCAGUAAACUCAAUAACAGCUGACACACUUCAUUUACAUCGAACACAGAAAUUGUUGUAAGAAGAGUAUUUGCUUUCCUGCAGAUGACAAACCCCUUGUUGCUCUAGUGUCUGGAUGUAUUGUCCCCCCCCCCCCCCACCCCCCCACCCCGCUUUGUGCAAAGCUAAUGCCCCACCCCUCCCUCCUCCCACUUUGUGAAGUGACCUACCCGGUUUUGGGUAUUAUGAAAGGCGCUAUAUAAAUCCAAGUCAUUAUUAUUAUAAUGCUGGCUGAAUUCAUAUUAACCAUACAGAUAUAAGAGCUGUGCAAAUGUACAGUGGCCUGCAGGUACAACCGAGUUUCCAGCCCUCUUCCCUCAGGAGUUGCAGCUUCAGGAAGGAUGCAGAUAUAGAAACACAGAUCAGAACUCCUGCAGAAACAUCUGCAGCAGCUCUUCAACACAUGCAGCAUCUGGAGAACAUUCAGCAGCUUGAGGAAACAUGAGCAGCGUUUACUGAAAGCGAUCGGGCAGAAUAAAGUUGUGUCUGUGGCGGGGCUGCAACAUGCUUUUAAACACGCUAAUAGAAGAAGUCAUAACUGAGAAUAUUCAACGAGCACGGGGAUGAACAUCAGAGUAGAGGCGCUGUGAAUAUAGUCGAUGUACAACACACUUAUAGAUGUUAGCGUGAGGAAAAUGUAACAUGUUUUAUUCUUAAUCUUGAUUUUAUACGAUGUUGAAACUUGUUUUAUUUUGUAUUAACCUCGCUGUGAUGCACGCUGUUAACAGAAGCUAAACGUAGGACAUGAUAAUCCUUUCA